GGGUGAUUGGUGACAAAAUAUACAUAUUUAUUUCUCUUUAAAAACCAGUCAUAGAAAAUCCGUAACGUAGGAAAGUUGUGCUAACCAAUAAGUGUAACGGUGAAUCCCUAUUCACGGUGUUUUGAAUUUUCUUCUGGCGUUGAAUUCCUAUUUCAUUUCUGAAGGGGCAAUCAGCUGUUAAGAGAAAACAUUUUCUAAAUUUACAUUUCCUUUUUCGGGUAAUGUAACCACAUUACCUUUGUAGUGAUUUUUAUUGAACGUCUUCAUAGAUAGUAAAUCUGGCGACUGAAAUUAGAUACCGGAUUGGAAUGAGACUGAUCUUAAAAAAAUUCAUCAUUCAUACUUCUUCAGAUCAUUUUUCAGAGGACUUGAGGAGAGCCGUGAUUUAGCUUAUGGGUAUGUUCUAAUUUUUCCAUUUUCUUUUCAAAAUUGUAUUCCAUACCGCUUUGGGGUUUUUGUUUAUAUUCUGUGCCAUAAAAGCUUUUGUUCAACCAGGAAAUACAGAUAUUACUCAGUUUAAAAUUCGAACAAAGAUUUGAUUGAAAACCAUGUCUUCAAGGACCCAGUACAACGAGAAACAGACGGAAGAAUGCAAUGGUGCCCAGGCGCCCAAGUCGAAGCUGCUGAGGCAGUUCGGACCUUUGUUGGUGGCCAUGGUCGGAUUGCCGGGAAGAGGAAAGAGUUUGUUGGCCAGGAGAUUGUCCAGAUAUCUUAAUUUUACCGGUGACAACACUAAAGUAUAUGACAUCAGCGAAUACCGUCGCAAACACAUCAAACAAUAUGGUUCCCAUGAAAUGUUCCGCGCAGAUAACUUGCCCGCUUGGAAAAUUCGCCAACAGAGUUUCCGUGAAGCCUUGGAAGACGCUGCAGCUUGGCUACACAGUUCGAAUAGCAGCGUUGCCAUUUUAGACGGACCGAACGUCUCCAGAGGACAGAGACAAGAAAUUUACGAUCUCAUCUACACUCAAAUGGGCUUCAGAGUCAUGUUCAUAGAGUGCGUCUGCGAAGAUCCUGUUCUGCUGGAAAGAAACUUUAAGGAGAUCUUACAAUACAGCGCCGAUUACCACGACAUGGCCACCGAACAGGCACUGAAGGAUUUAACACACAAGAUGGCUCAUUACCAAGCGCAGUACAAAUCUCCAACUCUUGGAAGUAGGUGGGAACUUCCAUGUCCAAUGGUCAAAAUUUUGGAUGGAGGAGACGGUGGUAUAAUUGCUCAUGGCAUCAACGGACAAAAGGAGAGCAAGAUUCUUGCUUACAUCUCCACACCGAAGCAGAUUCAACAGACUCUUUAUUUCAGUCGUCACGGAGAAAGUGAAUACAACGUCAUCGGAAAGAUCGGCGGAAAUGCAAGGCUCUCUCCCAGAGGAAGGAUGUACGCCAAAGCACUAACGAAACAUGUGCGCGCACUUAAUUUACCCAGCCUCCAAGUUUGGACCUCCACUCUUCAAAGAACAAAGGAAACUGCUGCCAGUAUUCAAGCCCCGCAACAGCAUUUGUCCGAAUUAGAUGAAAUUUGGUCGGGCGAAUGCGAAAGUCUCUCAUACGAAGAACUUCAAGAGCACUUCCCCAAAGAAUUAGCCCUACGUGACCGCGAAAAGCUAAAGUACCGUUACCCUCAAGGCGAAUCCUACAUCGACGUCAUGACUCGCCUGAUGCCAGUACUUACACAACUCGAGUGCGAAACCAACGUACUAACCGUAUCCCACCAGGCUGUUCUUCGCUGCGUGCUUGGCUAUUUCUUGGAAACGCCCCCCGAAGAAAUCCCCUACAUCCACGUUCCCCUCCACACUAUUAUCAAGCUUACCCUUAAGGGCCACAGUUACAACAUGGAAACAAUCAAGAUGCCCAUCGAAUGCGUCGAUACCAACAGAGCUAAGCCUCUCAACUGCUCCGAAGAUAGAACCGCUGAAGAUGCUCUGCUCACGUUGCCCAAACACUACGACUCUUUGUCAAGUUUAAGCAACAUGAUGCCCUGUACUUAGCUUACUUUUGGGAAGUGCUCUUUUAUUUAGAGGCUGACGGUAAUGCUAUGGUUUUUGGAUGUCGUUUUAGAUAAGUGACGAGGAUACAAUUUUGCGGUGUUGAUUUUGUGUUAAAUAUACUUCGAUUUUUAUUUUGUACGAGAUUAGUCCUAAAAGUACCUGACCCAACAAAACAAAAAGAGAAAAAUGU